AUGGCCUCGUAUCACUUGUGUCUAUGGCGAAAAAACUUCUUUACUUUGGGAAAGCGUCUUGAUCAAAUUAUACCGCCUCCGUCGAUUACCCUAUAUAACGAAACUUACCUGACAUCCCACAGUCCUUCAACCCCAAAUGACGAUCCCUAUUACGAACCUUUACGCAGUUUAACUGGUACCAUGGGUUACUCUC